CGUUGACAUCGAAUGUUCCUGUCAUAAUUGACUGGAAAUCAGAAUUGACCUCUCGCAGUGGCUCCUCACAUUGCCGCCACUGCAUUGUGAAUUGAUGCCUGUGAGACAAUCGCAUACCAAGUCUCGUCUAGGAUGCAAACAAUGUAAAGCCAGGCACGUGCGAUGUGACCAAAACUCUCCAAAAUGUGGCCUCUGCAAACGAAGAGGUGUAGAAUGCAGCUUGUCUGCUUCAUAUGCGGCAGACAAGCAAGGCCUCUUGCAACCCAGAAUAGAUACUCCUCGACGCGAGACGCCGUCGACUGAGGGGACUGCGUCUUCACAGAUCGGUACCCCAACGCCUCCGAAACCAGAACUGGUCUGGACUAGGCUCGAUAUUGGUCAAUGUGACGAUAGUCUCCCCUGGGAUCAAGAUGAAUCUCUUCCUCUGAAAGAGCUUGAGCUUCUUCAUCAUUUUACGACGGUCACAGCAUUCACUCUGGGCAAGGAGAAAACCUUACAUGAGUCGUGGCAAACCGCCGUGCCCCAGCUAGGCUUGAAAUACUCCUACCUCAUGUAUGGGAUUUUUGCGGUUUCUGCGCUGCACAUGUACACAACGAGUAAGGGAAUCCAAUCAGCUAGAGAGUAUCACGACUUGGCCCUGCACUACUAUGACCUAGCCAGCUCUCGAUUUAGAAAUACCCUUCAGGUUCUCUCUGGUCGUAUCAGCUUCACUCAGUUCGCAACAUCCAGUUUGCUGUGCCUUUUCAUUCUAGCAUCGCGAAUGCACAUCCCCUCCGCCAACGGGUCAAGGUGCCUCGACGACUUAUCAACUCUGCACAACCUGGUAAAAGGCGUGACGGUCAUUGCCACGGACUGCGAUGCCCUCACAGAAAGUCGCGACACUAGGCAUCCGUUGCUUAACCCUGAGCCAUGGGACGACGUCAUCCUCGCACCCAACAUCGAAGCCGCGCUUCAUAGAAUGACCGUCUACGCGGAGUCACUGAGCAAUAACGGUCCUCGUAGGGAAGCCUAUCACAAAGCCAUCAACGCCCUUAGGGAGACAUUCAAAGCCGUUGUUGCAAACCCAGGACGCACCACGCUACCGUUCUUCUGGUUCAUGCGCAUACAACGUGACUUUGUCGAUCUCGUCGAGAAGCGAGAUCCAGUCGCGUUGGUUAUUGUAGCGUGGCAUGCAAGGUUGCUGGAGAGGUACAGCGAGGAAUGGUGGUUGGGUGGCCGUGGAGAGGCGGUUUUGAACGAGAUCAUGGGACUAUUGGGAGAAGACUGCACCCAAAUUCAAGUUUGGCCGAGAGAGGCGUUGGUGCUGUAACCUGGAGCGGAGUUCUAAGCAAGGACAAUAACCACACACUGCCGAUUGCUUUCGGGAAAGCUGUCUCGUGUAGGGCCUCCAGGCAUCCAUGGGGCAGCGUGAAGUAAGAGAUAUAUUGAAUUUGGAACCCGUCGUAACGUUUCCUUCCUGCAUGCGAGCGUCGCUAGUUUCCUUAAUAUCCGUUCGCUUUAAGUUGUAUCGCUGAGGUCGUAGAAGGACCUACUUGCGUAUUUAGACGUCUCCAAUUGGCCACCGCCACGACCCAUCAGCCUUGAAAGCUACUUGCAGUUCCGAUAGUUCAAUACACGCACUGUUGUCUGGGAUGGCAGCUUGCUUCACUCCUUUUUAUUUUUAAACAGAUCUUACAUGUCUGCAUGCUUAUAAACAGGCGGCCGGACGCGUCGCCAUAGCUCUCAAAGCAAAUGAACGCCUCCUACUGUCGCUACCGAAAGCCAUAUUCGAAAAGCACGGCUCUCAAAAAAAUACAGGUCCGGAACAGAAACAAGUUUGCGGCGGCUUGAGGUCAGUCCGGGCUUUCACUCAACUCCUUUUACUGCAAGAUACGGACGGCUCUGGGUCGCUGUUCUGGGAGGCACAAAGAGUCUACCACACGGAAGUCGCGUUGAGCAGCUUUUACUCCGUUACAGCGACGCAAUCCGUCUAAGUGCUCCAAGCCCAUACCAGCAAGAAGCAUCCUCACGACCCUUUGCUCACCACCCCCCCGACUCGGGGCCAGGUACCUGACGAGCCAGCCCGUCACGAUCAAGCUAAGGCUCAAGUCAACCAUGGGAAACAGCCAAAGCGUCGUCAUUCUCUACGUGGUGAUCGGUGCAGGCUGCCUCGUGCUGUGUUGAGCGGGUGUGGCGUACACGUUGCGUGUGCACGUACCGGACGUCUCGAUGUCUCAGGAGCAGAGAGUGCACAUGCGACAAGUCAGGGAGCGGAACCUGCGGAUGCUCGAGUCGAUGCUUCAUCCUUCGCGAGCAGAAAGAGGAAGGAGUGCGUGGAGGGAUUCCUGGACGUGAUCACGGCCGUGACAUUCUGGUGCUAAGGGCUGCUCGUCACGGGUACGGGGUAGGAGGAGCAAGAGUUGGCAUUUGCUCGACCGCAAUUCACUUGGGAUGCCAAAGAAAAAAAAAUAAAAAAUGGAAAGAAACGAAGGAAAAAUCAAGGAAAUCAAGGAUGGAACUUCGAGGAACAACCGUGGCAUGCAUACGGGGCGAUGAAAGUAAGAGAUGGCACACGCUUUGUACUUUGCUCUGUAUUCUGAAUCAGCGUAUAGAACGUGUAGAGCUUACCAAAAUGAUUCAUCUCAUGAGUUCUGGAGACCGGAUCAGCCAAC